AUGGAAAGACGGGGUCUUACCGUCGCGGUUCUCACAGCUCUCCUCUGUCUAGCGAGCUUCGCGCCGCGUGUGGCGGAAGCGGCAAUCGCGCGUCCGACGGAGACGCGACUGAAGGCGGAGCUGGGGAAGCUGGCGGAGAGCGUGGCGAAGAGACACCGACGAUACUCAAAUUUUACGAGCACCGUCAACAAGUAUUUUGGCCUCGCAUCGAGAUUGAAGUAUGACCUAUCUGCUCUCGCCAACGCGACCAUCCUCAUCCCCAUUAAUACCGAGUCAGAAGCCCUCCUUAAGAAGCUCCCCCUGAGAGGAUCCAAUAUCCCCAAGUUCUACAGAAUCACGGCAUUCCACAUCUUACGCAAGAAACUCUAUAUGCCGGAGCUUAAAGAGAUGAAGCCAGGACAGGCCGUGGCGCUCUUAUGCCUAGCGCGAUUCGCGCCGCGUGCUGCGGAUGCGGCAGUCGCGCCUCCGACGAAGGCGCAGCUGAAGGUGGAGCUGGGGAAGCUGGCGGACAGCGUGGCGAAGAAAUACCCGCAGUACUCGAGUUACACAAACACCGUCAAGAAAUAUAUUGGCCUCGCGUUGAAUUCCAAGUAUGACCUAUCAGCGCUCGCCAACGCAACCAUCCUCAUCCCCACUAACACCGAGGCCGAAGCCCUCCUUAAGAAGCUCCCCUUUAAGGCAGCCAACAUCCCCAAAAUCUACAACAUCACAGCCUUCCACAUCUUACGUAUAAAACGUUUCAUGCCGCAGUUCAAAGCGCUGAAGCCAGGGCAGGCCGUGGGUACUCAAUUAAAGCAGGCUCUUUAUAAGAUGAACCCGUUAAACGGAGCAAGAGUGUCAUUUGGGAGGGCGAGAACUGCGCCGGCAGCUGCAUGGACUACGAUUUUGACUCCAAGGAUUUAUGCUGGGCCGUAUUUUAUCGCACAUGGCGUGAGCAAAGUAUUGAUCCCGUUUGGCACCAAGGUGUGA